ACCAUUUUACAGCGCCCGUCUGCUACAUUUCUCUCCGUGCUGUGAACACACAAACCUGAGCAGAAUUACUUAGCAGCAGAUAUUAAUCUGUUUAGACCAACAACUGAGACAGAACAACUAACGUGAUGGAGCGAACUGUCAAUCAGCCAUCAGUCACUCGUGAUCUUCGGAUUCUGCUGAUCGGUAAAACCGGUUCAGGAGUGAGCGCUUCUGGAAACACUAUCCUGGGAGAAAAUGUGUUUCAAUCCAGUCGGAGCCUGACCUCCAUCACUGACAGAUGCCAAACACACACGGCUGAAGUGUCAAACAGAAGAAUUACAGUACUGGACACUCCAAACUUCUUUAAUUCAUCUGACAUUGAUCUGAGUGUGGAGUUAAAGAGAGGAUUGAACAUGUGUUCUCCGGGAAUCCAUGUGAUCCUUCUGGUGCUCCCUUUACACACUUUCACUCAGCAAGAUACUGAUGUCCUGUCCUUAUAUAAGCAGAUAUUUGGUGAAAGCGUCAUGAAAUACAGUUUUGUGCUGUUCACACAUGGAGAUGAACUUCAGGAUAAAUCUAUUGAUCAACUAAUAAGACGAAACGCAGAGCUGUCCAAACUAACAGAGGAGUGUAGAGGGAGAUUUCACCUGCUGAACAACAAAGAUCUGAUCAACAGAGAUCAGGUCACCAAACUCUUGAUGAAGAUCCAACGAAUGGUGUCUGACAAUGAGAACAGCUGCUACACUUUAGAGAUGUUUAAGACUCAAUCACACAAAGUACAUCUGAAGCUCAAAUAUCUGUAUGCAGUCAGUGUUGUCAUUGUGUUAACUGUGGGUUGUGUUAAUAUGAGGAAUGAAGGUUCUUUACAUUUUAAAUCAUUUCUGUAUGGUUGUGUCAGUGGCAUCUUGGCAGCAGUGUCAGGAGCCACAUCUGGACUCAUUUGGGCAAAGAUAUGGAAAAAUCAAAGUCAGAGAAUUGGGAAAUGUACAAAACGACAUCUGAAAAAUGUCAGUCUGCUGGGAGUCAUGUGUGGCUGUGCUGCUGGAGGGGUCAGUGGGUAUUUUGUGGGUCCAGCGAGUUUAUCAGCUACAUUAUUAGGAGGAAUAGAGGGGGCUCUUGUGGCUUAUACCACAAUCAUGAACCAUUGGAGAUAUGUAUGAUAUACUGUAUGUGUCAUUCUCAGUAUAUGGCUACAAACUUAUCACUACAAACUUAUGGCUACAAACUUAUUGAUAUUUCAUAUCAAUAUUAUUAUUAACCCUCUGGUCGUCUUCAUUUAGGUGUCACACUUGCCUUCUUUAUGGUCAAAAGUGACCGAAGCCUUGAAAAGUAACUUUUUUUGUUUUUCAGGAAAACCAAUGCAAUAUAUUUUUGUUCAAUAAUAUUAUUUGAUUAUUAUAUACAAUUUUGAGGGUAUUUUAUGAUACUAUGCAAUAUUUAUAAUUUUUUAUUAGCUAUUUCCCCUAUUGAAAAUAAUUCACUAUUUUUUCAAUUAAAGCAGUAUUCCAUGUUAAAAUAAAGACAAGGCAUUUAAUAUCCAUUUUUUUGAAGGUAGAUUAUUUCCAUCUGGUGGGGGUAAAAAAGAAAAACUUAUGCAAUGCCAUGUUGUAACCACUAGAUUCUUAUAUAGUUAAAGUGGAUUUUAAAUUUUCUGAUUAUUAAAUGAUGAUUUGAAGUGUCUGUUUUUGCAUUAAUUUUACUACAGUCAAACCUGAACACAGAGGAGGGCAUUUUGUCACACAUAACAUAAAAAUUGAAUAAAAAAUAUAACAAAAAUUAACGACU